AAGACAGCGAGACUGCCGCGCGCUGAGAGUACUCUGUACACGCGAGGCGCGAUUCUAACAUGGUGUUGGACCCUCGUGGGGAGGUCAGUGUUGGUGAAGAACAGAUAGUCACUGAAAGGGAGCAGGAGGAGAAUUCAUUAAGCCAGACCAUCAGGGAGAUGGAGAAUUUGGUAUCCACCAAUAGCAGUGAGGAGGGGUCCAGAAACAACCAAUCCGAGAGUGAAGAGAGGACCUUUGUGACCAAUCUGUACCGUUUUAUGAAGGAGAAAGGGACACCUAUAGAGAGAAUUCCUCACCUUGGUUUUAAACAGAUCAACCUGUGGAAAAUCUACAAAGCUGUGGAGACACUGGGAGGAUAUGAUGCAGUAACCGCGCGAAGGCUAUGGAAGAAUGUGUACGAUGAGCUGGGUGGUAGUCCAGGCAGUACAAGUGCAGCCACCUGCACACGCAGACACUACGAAAGGUUGGUGUUGCCCUUUGAGCGGGAGCUGAGAGGAGAAGAGGACAAACCACUGCCACCCUCCAAACCUCGCAAACAGUACAAGAGGAGCCCUGAGAACAGAGGAAGUAAACCGGAGAGCAAGAAGAAGAGGAAGAUGGAGAGAGAAGAGUGUGAGGAGAAAGUUGGAUCAGAUCAUCACUGUGAGAGAGGAGCAUGUUCCCAUCACAGAUGGUCAGAAGCUUCUGAUCACCCAGACACUGACCAGUUAUCUACAAUCCCUGUCCACGGUCCCCAUCCUAGCACCUGCUCCAGGGAGAAUCCACUCCUUCAGACUUCCAUCCCAGCCAAAGUCAUCUCUCCAUUGGAGAAGAAAAAGCGACUUGCCCAAGCUAGCCUCACUGUGCCCACCUCUGGGACCAUAGAAGAACAAGAACUGGAGCGACCCUCAGUUAUUCAGAUUUCCCAGUCUUCCCAGUCUCCCACCUGCCCCUCCACCACUCGCACCUGCCACUCCUCCGAUGGUUCACCCCUCCCUGUCUCUUCUCCGUCUGUCUCUCUCUCCCGUAGCCCCUCUCCCUACUCUAUCUCUUCUGAAGACUGCAUAGCCGUGACGAGUCAGAAGUCUCCUGAUGCAGAGACUGAGAGUAGGAUGUCCUCUCGCUCUUCUUCACUCCCGACAUCAGAGGCCGGUAGCACUGGACUAUGUAAACCUCUCAGUUGUUACCCAGCCAGCAAAGAACUCAUGAACUACCGCCACCACUACCGGGAAUUCUUGCCUGCUGGCCUGCCUUAUUCUAAGGAGUCCCAGAGAAGUCUUUCGGCAUGGACCUCGGAUGGCAAAUCCAACGGCAGACUUGCAUCCUACAGGCUCCCCUCGCCUGCUUCAUACACCACCAAAGCCUGCUGGAUUCCUCAGGCCUCCAGCUUCUCCAAAGUCCUACCCCGUGAUCCCUGCAGGUCUGUGUCACUACAGCCCACAUUUAAACCCCACAUCUCUUACAACCAGCACCACCUAAAGAGGCCCAGCACAGAUGAAGCCUACUUGAAGAAGAUACCGGUGGCAUCUCCACUUCGCCUUAUCGACAGAAAAGAAAAGGCAAAGACACGGUUGCCCAAGCCUCUGCCUCACCAGCAGUAUCUAUAUCACCCCCAUGCUAGUCUGACAAUGCCCUACCUGGCAGCCUUAGAAAGGCCUCGCAGAGACUUAGCCGAACACUUGAAAGGUCUACCUCUACAACCGGUCCUUUUUCCAACCCAUCUAACCAUCCCUCCUCCUCAGACUCACUCUAUGCAUUGUCCACCAACAGGCAACUCCUUUCCUGGAGCUUACGAGAGUGCUCUGCCCUCAUACCCUUAUCCAUUACCACUCUGGCAUCCACCUGCUGGGUACAGCAUGGCAGGGCUACAGCCAUACUGAUAUAAUUAAUGAAAAACCAUUGAUCCUUGUGUCAAGACUUCUGUAGGGCCUUCUGGACUAUGAGCUAAGUCAAUAUGAAAUCAAAAUAGACCCUUUUUACUUUCUUGCACGUUCCUGGUCUCAUUGUACGCACUUCGUCAGUGCACGAUAUUCAAAAGAAAAAAAAAGUGUUUGUCUUGUUUAUCUGUUAUUUAAAUGUAAUGACAUGCUCGACCUCUAUACCAACUUUCCCUUUUGGAUGAUGUCACCAAGGCCAUGAGGGUUUCAACCAAUGGGAUGCCGGCAGUGUUUCAGGAGGGGAGUUGUCCUCUCGUAUGGAAUAUUUUUCUGUAAUGUACGAUUGUAUAUUGCGUGUAAAAAAAUAUUUGUAUAAAUUAAAGUG